AAUACUUUAGUAUUUUAAAUAAUCGAAAAUAAUUCAAAAUAAAGACUGUUCUGUUGAACGAGUUGUUUUAGUCACCAAGCCAAAACCCACUGUUAUUGAUCAUGACGUGAUCCACGAAUGUUUGAUGCGACUCGUCAAGCAUUCGGGUGUCUGUGUGUAUGGGUCUAGAAUGGUUGUUAAACACCCUGUGACACAAUAAUUUAAUUAUUUAGUAAGUCUUUCCAAAAAAAAAAAAACUCAAUGUAUAUUAUAUCAGCCGCAAAGUUAUCUGUGGUCAUUUGUAAAUGACAGUGACAGUAACGACAUCAACAAAAAACAUAUGUCAAAAUGUCAGUCAGUAGUACGUUGUUGCUGUGUAGCAACAGUAGGCGAUGCUAGGUCGCGAGCCGCAAGGUUCAGUGCUUUAUAACUUAAUUAAUAUUCGUUCGCACUCGGCUAAAUCAAGGUGCCAUAGUUGACUUACAAAUAAUUGUGUAAUCUUGUACUCUAACAGCAUCAAAUUGAAAGCAAAUGAUUUGAUGUUUUGGACAUUAAAUUAAAAUGGAUGGUACUUACGACGAGAUCAUCUCCGAUAACCCAUUCUUCGUCGAAUUAAAGACCGAAUACGCAAGUUUAUUUCAACACUGUAUCACACAGUCUUGGGUAAUAUGUGUGCCGCGGAUCGGAAGUUUGAGUACACGAGUGUUCGCAGUCGAAGACUUUUGUGCCCAUUUACUAGUGCCCAGUGACGAGUUACCGGAGACACAUUACAGUACACUCACUGAGAAGCAAGUCACAGUCUCCAAUAAAGUGAUCACUCUCGAAGUUACCAAAGGCUUACCCCUACAAAGUCAUAUACUGUUUGAAGAGACAUUUUACACAGAAGACUUCAUCAAAUACAAAGUGUGGUGCAUAGAAACUCCUCUUGAACCUACUGCCAAUUUUAGUGAUAACACAAUAUCCAAAGAAUACCUCACUUCCAUCAAUGACUGCAUUGAUUUACUCUGGACACAAGCAGCGGGCCGUCAAGUGCUAGAUCAAAUUGAACACAGUGUAAAAGUGUUCUUAAAGAAAAACACAGCAUUACCUGUGGCAGUUGGACCUCUUAGAGACACAGUAAGUGAAUUAUACACACAAUGCUUACAGAUAGCUCUGCAAAACAGAAGACUAAGGGACAAGUCAAAGUCCUGCAAACAAGUUUUGGAGAACAUCAAGCUAGCUGUCGAGUGUUACAUGCAACACCUAGUGUUUGAAGCAUUGUUCAAGCCGAUCUGCACCUGCUGCGCCUAUGAAGACUCACAUCUUAACAAAAAGAUCAGAAACAUGUGUGACAUACAACUCAGAGACUUAGAUAUAAAGAAGGAACUAUACCAUGCUGUACCUAAAGCUAAGCAGAUUCUGGCUAAGAUAGAUACAUGCAACACAGUACUAGAAAAGGUGCUGUGUUUGAAACAAGCCUUAAACGCUAUCAACAAGAAGGAUGACAGCAACAAUGUUGUUCUACUAACAGCUGAUGACUUGUUACCAGUAUUUGUGUUCCUGGUCAUCAAGUCUGGCCUUCCAAACUGGUACAGUCAACUUAUGUACAUGAAGGAGUUCCGCUUCAGUGGAGUGGGUAAAGGGGAUGGUGAUGAGAGUGCCUUCCUUAUAACAACUUUAGAAGCUGUCAUAGAACACAUUCAGUCUGGGGCUCUAGCUGGCCCUCCAGACCCUGAGUCAUACUACUAUGAAAGCAACCUGACAGAAGAAAACCUUAAUGGAAAAGAAAGGAGGAACAGUUUAACUGAGUCCAUUUCAACAAGUGACACUAAUAGCAAAGAGGAAACAUUGGAAUACAUAUUUGAACUCAUCAAAGCAAAUCACUGUGAACAAGUGCAGGCAAUAUUGAUGAGAAACCAGAAACACAUUCAAACUAUGCAACAGAAUGAAGAUAACAUCCUUAAAAUUACUUUUGAGAACAACCUUACGGAUGACGAUGAUGAUGAUAGUGACACAGAAAUAUAUCACAAACUCUGUCAUCCAUUAUGUAACUGUAAAAAAUGUUGCUGCAAGCUAUCCAAAAACCUAUUGAAGACAUCCCCUACUGUAACAUCAAGAGACAGCCAUGGACUAACAGCAUUGCAUGUUGCAUGCAUUCAUGGUAAAGCUACCAUAGUUGAAUAUCUGACUGAAAUGGGUGCGGAGGUUAAUGCAACAGACCUCAAUGAGUGCACUCCACUUCACUAUGCAGCAUCUAGAGGUCACCAGAAUGCUUUACUGUUGCUAUUACAUUCUGGAGCAAAUAUAAAUCAAGCCAACAUUGACCAGAACACCCCACUACACAUGGCUGUCAAUAAUGGCCAUCUCAAUUGUGUCAAGGCACUUAUAUACUUUGCUGAGCACAGCCGGAGGAAGAUUAGAAUAAAUUGUGUGAAUGAGAGUGGCAAUACGCCUCUUCAUCUAGCCUCUAAGUGGGGCUAUGAAGGCAUAGCUAAAUUACUCAUAGAAAAUGGAGCUGAACCAUCUCUGCAGAAUCGAAGUAAUAAAACAGCUUUUGAUUAUGCACAUAAUUUAAAGAUUUUACAAGUCCUCAAAUCUUGUACGCCUAAUUUGUAUGAGUACAUUCAUAUAACUAGUUCUAACGUAAAGACAUUGAACUGUAAAACUGAUAAUCCUGCUUCACUUCAUCUGCAGAAAAUGAGUAUGAAAUUAAAUGACACUAAUAACCAAGUGUCAAAAGCUGUAGAAAACUUAAAAUUAAUUGAUAGAAUUUUAAAAGCUAUAUCUUAUGGUGAUGUGAAACUUGCCUGUUUUUAUAUGAAUAUAAAUUACUCUGCCUAUCUAGAGAUUAAGGAUAAACCUGAGGCUUUAAAACUAUCAGCCACUAGCCAAUGCCACCCUCUGUGCGAAUGUCAGGUUUGUAAAAAAACAAAACAAUGUUCAUCAGACUUUGACAUUAAUUUUUCAGACACACAUGGUUUCACCGCCUUGCACUAUUCGGCUCGAUAUGGUUUAGACGAAAUGUGUAAGAUUCUGAUACUCAAUAAAGCCAAUAUAAACUGUGUUAAUAAAAAGGGUCAGACUCCACUUCAUUUAGCAGCUUUGAAUAACAAAACUUAUGUAAUUCGGUUACUUUUAGAAAGCGGCGCGAAUAUAAAUGCGAUCGAUUUGGCAGGAAACACGCCAUUACAUGACGUCAGUGCUAUGGGUAACAUAGGUGCAGCUAAAAUACUUAUGAAUUACAACCCUGAUCUAACAAUGCUCAAUGGAGCGGAUAAAACUGCUCUGACCCUUGCUAAAGAAAAAGUUCACUUAACCAUCAUAGAUUUAAUUGAUAAAUAUACGAAUAGAUUGGAAUAAAUGUAUUGAUAAGGAUCUGUAUAGAUAAGAGCUAUUUUCGAAUAUAAAUGUUCUUAGAACAUUUAGAAUGUAAGGACACAAUAUGUAUUUUUGUAGCUUUAACUUUUUAGUAUGGAUAUUGAUCGCGUUUGAUAACAUUCCACAAUGUGUUUUAUUUGUAAUAGAUUAUUCUUUUAUCGAUAUUAUUUUCUGAUAGAUUUGUAACAAUCGUACAACUCAUACAUAUUUUAUAUACUAAAAUGUACAAGCUUUUAGCAUUUAGAUUUCUCGGCCAUAUUCAACUGUGUAUAAAUACUUUUUAAGUGGGUAUUGUCUGAAGGUCACUAAACCUGCUGUGUUCGUAAUAUUUUGCCAUUUGCACAAAUACGGUCUCAACUUAAAUGUCUGUGCCAUUAUGUACUCUACUUAACCCACAGUAACACAGGAUACUUCUAAGACUGAUAUUAACAAUAGUAUUUUUAAGUUUUACUAAAAAUCAUUGUUACUUUAUUUUUAAGUUUUGACUGACAAUAAUACAUAGCGAAGCCUUUAUUUUUCUGUCAACCUGUAGAAAUAAAAGAGCAUCUCACAAUAAAA